AGCAUCCCCAUCUUAAACCCAAUGCUUACUCUCUUUUUUUUUUUUUUCUUCUCACUUUUUAGCAUCCUUAAUUUGAGUCUCAAUCUUAUCACCUUCAAUAUUUUUUUUCUUUACGAACUUCACAGCACAGCUCAAUAACCUGUUGCUUCUUCAAAAAUGGGAUAUCCCCAUAUCACUGACCUCAACUUGUCUCAUUCAUUCAACAUUGCAAAGCCUUCACCCUUGGAUCCUAACCCUACUAACACCACCAACCUUUUAGCUUUGAAUCAUGGUGAUUUGGCAAGUAAUGCAAAUGAGGGAAGUCAUACGACAGAAUUGAACACUCAGCAGCAGCAGCCAUUAGGGAGUUCACGUUGGAAUCCAACGCCGGAGCAGUUACUGACCCUCGAGGAACUCUACCGACGUGGAACACGGACUCCGUCGGCAGCACAAAUCCAACAAAUCGCGACGCGGCUUCGGAGGUUCGGGAAGAUCGAAGGGAAGAAUGUUUUCUACUGGUUCCAAAACCAUAAAGCAAGAGAACGUCAAAAACGCCGCCGUCAACUCAAGACUGAACAACAACAACAACAACAAUGUGAUACCGAAAGCUUGGAAAAGAAGGAAUCCGUAUUUUCGUUGCCAAUAGGAUGCUGCGAAAUUAAACCGACAAACAAGGGUUCUCCUUCAAACGUUAGUAAAUUUUCAGAGGAAUUCAUUUGGACGCAUGGAUUUGCAAAAAGUGAAGGAAAUGAGUGGAUGGAAAUUGAGGAGAAGGAAUUACGCAUGGAGUUGUGUUGUACACCAAUUGACCUCACCAACACCACCAUAACAGCUUCAUUGGACACUCAGAAAAAUUUAUGUUCAUUCAAACCCCACCAAGAAAAAAUUACCACUCUUGAAGAUGAAAACAGAGAAGAUCAGACCCUCGAGCUGUUUCCCCUUGGAAGCAACGAUGGAAACGGCAUUAAUAUCAGCAACAAAGACACCCAAGUUCCCAUCAGAGCCAUAAGUACAACCCCAAACAAGUAUUUCGAGUUUCUUCCUCUGAAGAACUGAAGAAGAAGAGUAGCUUAGCAUGUGGCUAAAAGUGCAGCAAUUAAAUACUAGUUUUCCAUUUAAGUAAAGAUGGAUAAGGCUGUAUUAGUUUUGUUUUGUUGUGGGGAACUAGGGACUGUUUCAUCUGUGUCUGUCACGCAUGGUGCAAUUGUGAGAUAAGGACAUGUAGUUAUUUUUGGGCUUUGCCUUAAAACGCAUUCUGGACCAUGUUGGCUAAACCAAGGAAGAGCCUCGUUCAUUUUCCUUUAAACGAUGCAAAAAAUUACAGAAUUUCUCUUUGUUUUUGUCUAUUUCAUACAACUCAUUGAACAACACAAAAAUGAAAGAGAGAUGAGAAGGCCGUGGGGAGACAGAGAACAGGAGAAAGAUGUGAAAGAGUUUGAUGUAAAGUGACCUAAAUUUUGGACUGCGCAUAUCUGGGGGUUUUCAGGUAUAUGUCAGUAAUAUUUUUGUUUUUAUCAUGUAUGUUCAAUUCCAUAUAUUCCUAGGGAAUUAAAUUUGUACUGAACUAACAGUACACUAGUCCAAAUGCAAUAUUGAAUAUCUCCUUUCCUUUGGAGACUAAUCAAACCCAUCAAAGUGCUACACAUUAGAGUAAUGUCACAAGGAACA